AUCUCUGACAAGAGAGAAAAGAAGGACUAUCUGCCUGAUUCCAGCAAUAGAGGUGCAGGUGUUUCAGAAAUAUCCUACAAGUGGUGAUGCGAUGGUUUAGAGGAGCAGUUUUGGUCGAUUCUUCACAUCACGCCCGCCCGACGACGCUGUAAAAUCCCCCCGCUUCCUCUUCAGACAUCUGUGGACGCUUUCUGCAGGGGGAGAUGGCUGUUUUCCGGCUCUCGUUGCUGCUGCAUGUGGGCUUUGUGAUCGGGUCGAGCCGGUUCGACGCGGACCGGUCAGCCGUCGGGGAGGUGGAGGCGAACCUGGGCGCUCGGCUGGCGCACCUCCGUGCGCCUCGCCUCGUUCCCGGGGAGAAAGCGGAGGAGCAUCUGCCCCGGGUGGUCACGGCUUUCCUGCACACGGGGGACUCGACCACCUUAAGCCACGCCAACUGCUCGAGAAAGUACGAGCUCACCUCUCUGCUGCGUGGAAGGUCACACGAAACCCCGCAUUACUCCAUGAGCGGCGUGUUGGAGACGGUGCUGCACGCAACCAACUUCCUCACCAUGAUCCUGCAAGCCAACAGGUCCAGGGAGCACAACCUGCGGCGAGACAUGGAGUGGUACCAAGCCCUGGUGAGGAGCAUCCUGGAAGGGGACGCCAAGAUCCACCGGGCGUUGGUCACUUUCGGCGGAGAUGCGUCGUUUGCGGGGCCCCCGGUGCUCCUCCAAGCCACCAGGGCCGGCGGGGAGAUUGUGCUCCAAGAUCUCCCCCGCAUGGCGCGCCGCCAUCUGCACAACCGCACCGCGGACACCGAGUGGUACCACGGGAUGAGGGAGAAGCAGGAGCCCAGGUUCCACAAAAGGGUUCUGAGUAAAGGUGGUGACGGACCACCGGAAAGAGCCGAGAGUUUCAUCCCGGACCGAACGCAUGUCAAGUGGUCUGCGCCUUACCUGGAGUGUGAAAAUGGGAAUUUUGUCCCCCGUUGGCUUCUGACCCUGUCCGCAGCUUUCUACGGCCUGAAGUCCAACCUGGACCCGGAGUUCAGGGGCGUGGUGCGGGUGGACGUUAAUCUGCAGGAUGUUGAUAUCGACCAGUGCUCUACUGACGGCUGGUUUGCUGGAACCCAUCGAUGCAACCUGAGCACUAUGGAGUGCCUGCCGCUGCGUGGUCAUGGGUUUGUCCUGGAUAAAUACCAGUGCCAGUGUAAGAAGGGAUUCUACCACCCCAACAGAGUGGCAGUCAAUGGCUUCACAAAGCCUGGGAGAACGGGGAAAGCUGGAUUUGGGGGUCUGGGUGAAGAUGAAGGCUCCCGCAGCGACUGCCUGCCCUGCCAGCAGGGCUGUGCUUUCUGUAAAGACGACUCUCCCUGCGUGGCGCUGGAGGACGGCGCCCUUCGCUUGGCGGUGCUCUCCUUCCAGUGUCUCUGCAUGCUGAUCGUCUUCAUCAGCAUGGUGCUUAUUUACCACUUUCGCAGGAAUAAGAGCAUCAGAGCGUCAGGCCUGGUCCUCCUGGAGGCCAUUCUCUGCGGAGCGAUCCUGCUCUACUUUCCGGUCGGGAUUCUCUACUUCCACCCGAGCGUUUUCCGCUGCAUCCUGCUGCGUUGGGUCCGACUGCUGGGCUUCGCCACCGUCUACGGGACGCUCACUCUGAAACUCUACAGGGUGUUGAAGGUCUUCCUGUCCCGCACAGCCCAGCGGAUCCCCUACAUGACCAGCUGGCGAGUCCUGCGCCUGCUGGCCAUCAUCCUGCUCAUCGUCUGCUGGUUCCUGGUGGCGUGGACGUCUGCCGUCUGUCAGAACCCAGACAGGAAGUUGGCGCUCAUCGACGUGGGCCACACGCCUGACGGGAGUCAGUUCGGCAUGUGCCUCCUGGAUCGCUGGGAUUACAUGAUGGCCGUCGCGGAGUUCCUCUUCCUGCUGUGGGCCGUGUACCUUUGCUACGCCGUGAGGACCGUGCCGUCGGCCUUCCAUGAGCCGCGGUACAUGGCCAUCGCCGUUCACAACGAGCUGGUGCUGUCGGCCAUUUUCCACGUCAUCAGGUUCACCCUGGCUCAUGAACUCCACCCAGACUGGAUGCUGCUGCUGUUCUUCAGCCACACCCACCUGACGGUGACGGUGACUCUGGGUCUGCUGCUCGUUCCCAAGUUUCUGUUCGCUGGGACCCAUAUGAGGGAUGAUAUCGCCUCCGAGGCCUACGAGGACGAGUUGGACAUGGGUCGCUCCGGGUCAUACCUCAACAGCAGCAUCACUUCAGCAUGGAGCGAGCACAGCCUGGACCCCGAGGACAUUCGGACACCAGAAGAAAUGGGCCAUCUCAGUUCUAUUAAUGGCUGUGGCGUAAGGUCUUGCGACAGCCUUUGGGAAAAACGUACCAACGAGGAGCUGAAGAAGUUAUACUCCCAGCUGGAGAUUUACAAAAGGAAGAAGAUGCUAGCGAACAACCCACACCUGCAGAAGAAGCGAAGCUCCAAGAAAGGUCUGGGGCGCUCGCUGAUGAGACGCAUCACCGAGAUCCCAGAGUCUGUGCAUCGGCAGUGCAGCCGGGAAGACAAGGAGGUGGGAGACUACGGGAGCAACCGGAACAGCAUCUGCAUGCUGAAGAAGAACCCGCUGGAUCCCAGUCAUCUGGUGAAACCAGCCAAGGAAGAGACGCUAAAGAACAAGGUUUUCUCUCUGAAGAAGUCCCACAGCAGCUACGACCAUGUCCGUGACCAGAACGAAGACGCUAACAGGGCCGCUGCAGACAAGAUGGAGACGGCCACAAAUGAAGGGUCGCUACUAGAUACGAUGAUGGGCAAAAAGCUGGUCAAGAAGUCCAGUGAGAACAUCAACGCCCCCAGUGAAUCUACAGAGUCUGUUCCGUUAGUCUGCAAGUCGGCGAGUGCCCACAAUCUAACAGCUGACAAGAAACCGAUUCACCCCAGAGCGUCCAUGCUGCAGAAGUCUUUGAGUGUCAUCGCCAGCGCCAAGGAGAAGACUUUGGGCUUGACUGGGAAGACCCAGAGCUCAGAGGACAGCAAUAAGAAGAGUCAGCCAAAGAGCAGAGAUACAAAAGCGAAUGCAGAGACAGAGAACGACUGUCAGCCAAAGAUGAUCAUCAGCCAAUCAGUUGACUACAAGCAAAGUGCAGCCAAAGGCAGGAUAAUGAAGCAGCCGGUGACCGGCAGCCAGCCUGCAAUCUGCUCUGAUCCAGUCCGCGGACAGGACCUGUACGAUGUCUCUGAAGUGUGUCCAUGGGAGCUGGAAGACCUGCCGACUCCAUCUGAGAACAAGAUCCAGAAGCACGUCUCGAUAGCACCGACGGAGUCGACAACGUUUCAUGGAGGCAGCACCAAAGGGAGUAAAUCCCAGAAGCAGAAGGCCUCUGAUCAGUCUCCAUCGGGUGGAAGACACUCAAAGGAGAUUCAGAGGACGACUUCUGUACGAGCCGAGGUCUGUCCGUGGGAAGAGGGAGGUGAGACACAAACCAGUUUCUCAGAAGGAGCAAGGCAACAAGUGUCCAGUCAGUCAAGGUCAAACAGGCCUCAUUCUACGCUAGAAAGCUCCAAAACAAAGCGAGCAGACAUUUGUCCGUGGGACUUCGAAGAGCAGCAGAAGGUGACAGAGUUAGCCCGGUCUCCAGAUACAAUAAAGCAGAAAAAGAGCUCCUCUCCUGUGGACGGACGAGGUAGAAACCCCAUUUCAGAUGCUCCCAAAGGGGUUACAUCUCUGCCCCUACCAACAACGAAAGCCGAAAUCUGUCCUUGGGACUACGACAGUGCUGCGGUUUCUCCAAAUACAGACAGGACACCCAGUCCGGCACAAGCAUCCAAAGCUAAAGAAUCGCCCACGAUAAGGAAAGGCGGCCCUUCCACCAGGACGGUUGAGAAGGAAAAGUCAAAAGACACUGAGGAUGAGAAAAGUUUAACAAAGUCAUCAGAUAAACGUUUUAGCCAGCAGAAAUUGUCAGAGGUCUGUCCGAGGGACGUAGAGGGUCGGCAGGAGGGGCUGCAGGUAGAGACAAGAAAAAGCGCUAAUGUUGGAGCAGCCAAACCAAAACAGGCUGAAGUCUGUCCGUGGGAUUUUGAGGACGUGUCGAGUAAGACGGGUUCUGAUAAAAAUGCCCCAGUAGAAAAGCAGAGCAAUCCAAAUUCAAAAGCUGCGGCUGCGAGUUCUGCUAAAAAGGCCGAGGUUUGCCCCUGGGACUUUGACGAGAGCAAAUCAAGCAAGAAGGCAUGACACUCAACCUGAAUGGACCUCUGAAAUUAUAGUUAUCAAUGUAUAAUUUUUCUUUUUUCAAUUGCAAAGAGUUAUAUAUAUUACCUUUUACUAUUUGUAUGGUAACUUGGAAGCAAAAUUAACCCAAAAGUUGCCUUCCUUUCUGAGGUUUUGUUCCAGUUUUACACAUUUGGAAUAUGUACAAAACGACAAAACAAAGUCAAGAAGAGCAUUCCAGAUCACUACAGGGAAAUUCCUGGAAAUUAAAUUGUAGACCAAUUAUGCAACUGUUACACUUUAUGAGCAAUGUCAGACAUCAGCUUUCUCCAUCUCUGCAGUCUUUACUUUCUGUUUCCUGUCUGAUGUUUUUUUCACCCACAUGUGGCAACGAAGCGAUAUUACAAUGUUGGUUCCAGCUCAGAGUUUUUGUCUUUGUUGUCACAUAGAUGAGAUUUGGGUUGCAGUAUAAAACAGGAAGAGUCUGUGAAGUGUGAUGUUGGUCUUUGACUUGUAUUUCAUAAGGAUUUGAUCCAAAAACGGAAAGGAAAGUAACUCAAUAGCACCUUAGCAAACGUCAUAAAUUCAGAACAGAUUAUGUCCUUUAUGCACAUUUUAUUCUCUUAAUUUCCAUAUUAUAUCACUGGCAAUCAUACACACAGCAUAUAUAUAUAUUUUUAGAUCUAUUUAAUUGUAGUUCUCUGCAGAUUAAAAUGCUUCCAAGACUGUGGAGAUGUACUAUUCAUGCCUAACUAUUAGAAUCGUCUUGUAUCAGUCUAGAGGGGAAAAAGUGAUUUUUGUCUGGAUUUUGUGACGGUGAUCUGUAUUAACAGCAUGCACAGCCAGGUGCCGAGUAGCUGGACUCUGCUUGUUUGUCAACUGAGCAGUGCUAAUGUUUUAACUAGCAUUUUUUCCCAUUGGUCCUGUUUUUAUAUCCCUUAAAAGUUAAAAUGGAGAAUACAGAAGGAGGUCAUUUGCAAGGGUCAAUACGACCCGUCACCAUUUCCUAGAUUAUUGGUUUUGGUUGUUUUGUCCCUGACGUUUGUUGCCGUCUACUAAGGGACAUUUUGUACCAACUGAGGAGACUUUACACUUUAACCUCCCACAAUUUGAUGUGAUUUAGUAUUUUGUCCACCAGAGGUCACUUAGGUUUAUUGUAAUAAGGAUGUUUUCACACCAGAUAGCCCCGUAGACGCGGCUCAAUUGGGGACCAAACCGGAACAUUUACAUUUUCAGCAAAUGGUCUAAACCCUUUGAAAAACCUGUUCCCCUCCUCUCCUGUGGGGGCACUGCAACAAGAACCACUGAGGUAAAAAUGGAUGAGCGUCAGAUUUUAGUGGAUGUUGGAUUUCUCUUUUGUUUUUUGAUAAAAACUAUGAAUCGUUUCUCCUGCCAGAGGUAGACUCUCAUGUUUGUUUUGAUUCUAUUUAACCAGAAUGCCCUGUGUUGCAGUCCUCUUCCUGGUUUCGGAGCGGUCUCUGGUCUGCUCGGCAUUCACACAUCCAUUCAAACAGCAGAGUUCACCUCAAACGAACCGAGACUGAGGUUUGCAGUGGGACCAGGGUUUGCUUUUCUGAUCUGCAUCAGAGUUCAGUUACACAAACUCUGAUGUUCAGACAAACAAACCAGAGUUUAAUUAAAGCGGAUUAAACAUACCUGGUGUGAAUGCACCCUGUCUUAUUCACUAUCUAGAAUCAUCUGUCCCAAAUUGGAUCAGAACCAAAAUACUGGUGAUAAACUCCAAUACCCUGGUACAACGAAAUGGGAGUAUGAACUGGCAAAGCCGCGAACUGAAGUCAGUCUGACCCGGUUUUGUUUGGGAAUCCAGCAUGGCUCUUUAUGUUGCACCCAAUGUGUUUGUAGAUGCGGCUUAAUGAAUUAUUCAUGAGGUUCGGCCAUAUUUCUGACUGUUGUCGUCAAAAUGCUUAAACAGCAAUGCAAGGAAUAAAUUGUGUGUUUUUGGGUAAAAUAAAAAAUCAAUUAAAAAAAUAAGGAAGAAGAAGCAGCAGCAUUUUGGGUCAGAGUUUGAAAUGGGAGUUGGUCCGAUGUUUGUGAUACCACCAUGUAUGUGGAUGAAACUUCAUAAAUCCACCAUAAAGAGGUGAAGCAGUAACCUGGAGAUCAACACGACACUAAAACUCCUUUCAAAUUUUAAAGUAAAUAAAUAAAACGAGUAGGCGAAUGGAUUUACACAUAAAACAAGACGCAUUUUUUUUUGGUUGCAUCUUGGGAUUUAUUGGGAGUUUUGCUCAUCUGAUUUUAUUAGAUAAUCCAAAAAAAAUCACUUUUCAUUGUUAACCAGGGUUUUAAAAAAAACCCUUUUUAAAAAACAAGAAUCUUUUAAUUUGGACCAAGCAGAAGCUAGCAGUCACAUCUCUGUGAAAGUUUGUAUCAGUUUGAAUGAUUGUUGGUGCUUUUUAAUUUUCCAAUUCUGUUGCUUCAACUGAUCUGAAAAUGUUUAACAUACACUGAAAAACAGAAAUGGGUGAUCCAGCUUGAAUAAAACUGAGUAAAUUUGUUACAAGUAAUUAAGUUGUCAUGUUAAACAAACUUAACUAAAUUCAGUUUGACCAACUUAAUUUGAUUAACUAAUUCGUUAUAAGUUGGAGCUCCAUUCUCUUUUUUUAGUGUAAUAUCUGCUGGGAGGUUUAACAAAAAGGAAAAGUUUGUGGGAGAUUUACUGCCAUGGGUGACAAAUGACCUGCUCCUGUUUAUUGUGCUUUAACAGUCUUUUUUUAUUAUUUUAAAAAGGGACUAUUUUAGAAAAUUGUACCUCCUCUGAUUUGUGUGUAAUGAAAAUAAUAAUACUAAAUAAAGCAAUAUAAUAAUGAUAACUUUAAAAAAAAGAGAUAUUUUUGCUUUCAAAUUAAUUUUAAUCCUCAAAUAUGAGUAGAAAAUACAAUGAGUGCAAUAUCCCAUCAUGAAACUAAAUAUCACGUUACAGUGAGCCCAAUUUGUUCUUUAAUUUGAAUAAUUUCUGAUCGUCAACUUGCUGUUUUAUUUUUCUUCUGUCCAUUGUGUGUGUGUGUGUGUAUUAAACUCUGUGAAGCAUUCUGGUGUCUGUUAACUGUCGGUCUCUCUGGAAAUGAUCUGUAUUUUAUCGUCAUCAUCAAGGAAUCGGUGCAGGUUUGAACCCGAACCGUCGUCCUGGUGCCAUCACAGACAAUGCCGUGUCUUGUAGCUUUUCUGUCCACUGAUCGUCAACCACGGUGUGUUUCUGUUCGGCCGGCCGCUUUCAUUUGAACUGGACUCUUGUGACCGGACGGUGUCACGCUACGACAAGUACUAGCAAAUCUACUACUACUACUACUCAAUGCUGUAACGUCGUAAUUCUUGCUCUUGUGGCUUCUGCAUGAAUUCAAGAACUUAGUAGGACUGAUGUUUCACUGCCCUUGAUAGAACAAAAAAAGGAAAAAAUGUUAUAUUUUAUGGACUGUUACAAGUUGUAUAGUGAGUGACACUGUCCCCGACCCACUGUAUUUUGUGCUUGUUAUGACUAUUGCUCUAUGACAAGCUUAUAGCAUCAAUAUAUGGGUAUAUUUGGUAGAUUUAUAUUGUGUUAUAUUGUGUUAGCAUGUACAUAAAAGAUACCUCCUCUGCAAUAAAUAUUUAUAUGAAAAAAGUGUGUGGCCAAGGUUGUUAUAAUAAAGAAAACAUUGAACUGAAAU